AUGUGCCCGAUCUGUUUGAGUGAGGAAGAAACUGUAGAACAUGCUUUAUGGAGCUGUAAAUCUGCAAUGGAUGUUUGGAGUCAAGGACCAAUUGCAAUACAUAAAAGUUCAGACAGAGCAGAAAAGUUUAAAGAUAUAUUUGAGAAACUAGAUGCAAAAUGUGAGCAGCAAGUUAUGGAAUUCUUCACCAUUACUGCAAGGAAUAUUUGGCAUAGAAGAAACAGGUUGAUUUUCCAGGGUCUCUUCCAACAUCCAACACAUAUAGUCAAUCAAUCCAAACAAUCCUUGGAGGAGUACAAAACUGUUCAUAAAAGAAGCAGAACAAACAAUAGAGGAAGGCAAAUGUUAAAUACAAGUUGGAAUCCGCCACCUGCAGGUUUCUUGAAGAUCAAUUGGGAUGCUGCAAUCUGUGAAGAGAAGGGUAUUAUUGGAUUGGGUUUAAUAGCCCGUGACCAAGGAGGACAGGUGGUAGGCACAAAGAAAAUAACACAAGCUGGUUUUAAUGAUCCUCUUUUGGCUGAAGCAAUAGGAGCAUAUCAAGCAGUAAAAAUGGCUAUGGAAAUGGGCUAUGUUUGUGUUUUAUUUGAAGGGGAUUCAUCCCAGCUAAUGGUUUUCUCUAGUUGGAAGUUUCUGUUUAUUAAGAGAAGUGGAAACACUCUAGCUCAUAACUUAGCAAAAUCCUCUCUUAAUGAGGAAUCAGAUGUAAUGGCUUUAUUGCCAGAAUAUAGUCAUGUAAACUCUGCUGUUUAA